AUGGACAUGUUAUAUACAGUCGGCAUUCAGAUCAAGAAGCAUGGCUGUGAGAAGUGGUUCCAAAGAUUACACCCGAGUCACUCUCUCUUUUUGUUUGCAGGGAGAUGCAUAUUGGCCGUGUUUAUCGGUCAUUCUAAGCGGUAUUCCACCAGUUAUGAGCCACCUAAACUGGAAUCUGAUAUCAAAUACCACUUUUAUGUGGCAUGUGGCAAAAUGCUGGAUGAUAUGCUGGGUUCCACGAACCAAGACACGGGUACAAGUCAGGCUCUAUCCACAAUAGCAAUCCUUGCUGUUAAAUACCCUGUGACUAUAAUCAUAUCACACAAUCAACACUUCCCUGCAAAUAUCCACGACAGAAAGGCUUUAAAGGUCAGCUAG